UAAGCAUGGCCACAGCUGCCUCGAAUCCCUACAGCAUUAUCAGUUCCAACUCUAUGGUUCAUGUAGACUCCUCGGUCAUGCAACAAGGGAGCCCUUUCAGGAAUCAUCAGAAACUUCUCCAAAGUGAAUACCUACAGGGAGUCCCGAGCAACGGACACCCUCUCGGGCACCAGUGGGUGACCAGUUUGUCCGAGGGAAGUCCAUGGUCAACGUCUUUAGCGGCCAGUCCUCUGGAGCAGCAGGACGUGAAACCGGGACGAGAGGACCUCCAACUCGGGGCGAUCAUUCAUCACCGGUCCCCUCAUGUCGCCCAUCACUCGCCCCAUACAAAUCACCCAGCUGCGUGGGGGACACCCGUGUCUCAUAACUCAUCUAUAAACACAGGUGGACAACCUAUCAACAUCUACUCGCAGCCCGGCUUCACGGUCAAUGGCAUGCUGGAGCACGGAGGUCUGACGCCUCCACCGAACUCGGCGCAGACCCAGGGCUUGCACCCGGGGCUGCGAGACACCCCGGACCACGUCGACAUCGGGGCGCACCAUUGCCACGACCACUCCGACGAGGAGACGCCGACCUCGGAUGAGCUGGAACAGUUUGCAAAGCAAUUCAAACAAAGGAGGAUCAAGCUGGGUUUUACACAAGCAGACGUUGGGCUCGCACUGGGGACUUUGUACGGCAACGUCUUUUCGCAGACGACCAUCUGCAGGUUCGAAGCUCUGCAGCUCAGUUUCAAGAAUAUGUGCAAACUGAAGCCCUUGUUAAACAAGUGGCUAGAGGAGGCAGACUCGUCCACGGGCAGCCCCAGUAGCAUCGACAAAAUCGCCGCGCAGGGGAGGAAACGUAAGAAAAGAACAUCCAUUGAGGUGAGCGUCAAAGGAGUACUGGAGACCCACUUUCUUAAAUGCCCCAAACCCGCGGCUCAGGAGAUAUCCUCUUUGGCAGACAGCCUACAGCUAGAAAAGGAGGUGGUUCGUGUCUGGUUUUGUAACAGAAGACAAAAGGAGAAAAGAAUGACUCCACCGGGAGAGCAACAGCCGCACGAGGUGUAUUCUCACAACGUUAAUACGGACAACUCGUCGUGCCAUGAUCUCUGACCAUGGAACCCGGGAUCCACCCUGUGAGACUCAAACACGAAUGGAAAUCUGGUGGCUUUUAAUGGGUCUUAUUUUUCUUUUCUUUUUUUUUUCUCGCGCUCCAUCUUUAUGGCUGUGCGAUGAGGACAAAUUACUAGAGGCACCGAGAAAGAAAAACAAUAACAAGACAGCAAAGAUGAAACUUUUUUCUUUUUUUUUCUUUUUUAUCUCCAACAUUUUGGGCAAUAUAUCUUGGCAAAGCGAUGUUUGUUUGAAAUCACAAAUGGAACCGUUUAUUACCGAUAUUUCUUUCUUUUUUUCUACAGCAAGGAUAUAAAAACAAAAUUGUGCCUAUUAAUAACCUCCCAGCGCCUUUGUUGUCAAAACAUAAAUAUAUACCAGGUGAAUGAGUUAUAAUUUCUGGGAAACAUUUUGGAAUAGUUCGAUUUUGUUUAUUUUGUGAGCGUGUCGCUUGGUUGUUUGAUUCAUUAAGGUGUUUUACUGUAUUUACACAGGUAACAGCUUUUAAUCAAUCCAGCAGUAUAGCAUACAGGGGCAAAUCGUGUUUAUUUAUUUAUUAGUUUAAUUUGAUUGGAUUUUAAGCGCCAGUUGUCACGGUAAUGCUGUAUAGCAAUAGGUUACUUUAGUAGCCAUUUACGCCACUUUAUAAAACGCCUGUACAUCACAGUAAGACACCUUACUAAUGCACCUGAGGCUGUCUUUAAAAUACUCAUAUGUACUGUCAUUUGCUUUUUUUAUUCCUGCAUACGUUUGAUCAACAAAACAGAUAUAUUUUGUCAGCGAAAAAGUCAACAGGAUAUCCUUUAAUUUGGGCUGUGCCUUAGGCCCAAAAUAUGAACUCUACGAUUACUGCUCAAUUAUAAGAUUUCCACCAAAUGACACCAAUUUUCAAAAAAAGUACGUUUUCAACGUUUUCAAAAGGCAACGCACAUUUAUGCCUGCAGUAUUUUAUGGUUCUUUGUGUAGACGCGAAAUUGAACUUUUGUCAUAUCCAGGACCAUAUUACUGUGUUAAAUAUUUGGCACUAAUACAGAACCAUGAGUUACAAGCCUAUAUAAAUGCGUUGCUGUGCAUUAUGUCAUUAUUUUCUUGUACACGCUCAAUAAUCUAAAAUUUUAUAAUCUUCAAUG